AUGUAGGGCUGGAAGUCAAACUAUGGCACAGUAGUGCAGUUGACUAGUUAUCAUGGUAUGGUAAAUUGUUUGGAGGAUGUCCUUGGAGACGAGGGGGCUGGGCAGGGUCAUUGACUUUGUGACUGGUGUAUAAAUGAAUCAGUCAGAUUCAGCUGUCUACAGAGCUUUUACCUACAUCAACAUCAACAUCAACAGUGACCUUAUUUUUGUUGAGUGUGAAGGAUGGUGAGAUCAUCCAUGAUGUUCCUCUUGUUGGCUCUCCUGGGACUGGCAUGCUCUAUUGGCGCGACUGUCCCAAGAAAUCUUGCCUUGCGUGGAAAAGCUACACAGUCAGACCUCAUCGAGAACCCAUGGCACGGUUACAGUCAUGCCUCCAAUGCCAUUGAUGGGAACCGCGAUUCACAUUUUCAUCAUGGGUCCUGCACUGCCACUGAUGAAUCCACUAGCCCCUGGUGGAGAGUGGACCUGCUUGAUACCUACAUAGUCACCUCCAUCACCGUCACCAACAGAGGGGAUGCUGUUCCUGAGAGGCUUAACGGGGCUGAGAUACGAAUAGGAAAUUCUUUAGUGGACAAUGGCAUUCAUAACCCUCUGGCUAAAACAAUUUCCUCCGUUCCAGUCGGCAGUCCUCUCACCCUGGCCUUUGACCCAGGCUUCAAAGGGCGUUAUGUGACUGUGGUUCUACCAGGCCAGAAAAGACUUCUGACACUCUGUGAAGUGGAGGUUUAUGGCUACCUUGCCCCAACCGGAGAUAAUGUGGCUCUAUAUGGAAAGGCCACCCAGUCGUCUUUGUAUCAGUUUGGCAUUCCAAGCAAUGCUAUUGAUGGGAAUCGCAACGCUAUUUGGAUAGGAGGGUCCUGCACCCACACUCUAGAGGACAUCAACGCCUGGUGGAGGGUGGACCUUCUGAAGACCUACAAAGUGUUCUCCAUCAUCAUCACCAACACAGUCGACAGUGUUCCUAGCAGACUCAAUGGAGCUGAGAUUCGCAUUGGAAACUCCCUGAAAAACAACGGCAUCGACAAUCCUAGGUGUGCUGUGAUCUCCUCUAUCCCAGCUGGCACUUCUAGCACCUUCCAGUGUCCGGGCAUGGAGGGUCGAUAUGUCAUCGUGGUCAUUCCAGGGAGGAAGGAGUAUCUGACCUUGUGUGAGGUGGAGGUGUACGGGUCACCCCUGGAUGGGACUGGGCCUACAUGUAACUAAAUCAGGCCUACAUGUAACUAAUUCUUAACAGCACCCUGCAAUGUUUGAGGAAUGUAUUGUCAUACAAAAAACAAUUCAUAUUUUUUUGUAUACUUCCAGUAUGUCAAUUAUCAAAAAUGUGUAUUUACUUUCAGUAUACAAAAACAAAUUUGGUCCACUAUUCUGGAAGUUCAUCUUGCACACUGUUUUUGGAAGUUUGGGUAUAAAUUGGCCAACAUUUCUUUCUAACACUUAAAAAACAAUAUUCAUACAUUUUAUGUAGCCUAAUUAUUGGUUAGAUGGUUCUCAAUCAUACUUAGAAAUACAUAUAAUGCUGUAACACUAUUGCUAUUAUGCUAAAAUGAAUUAAAGGUGAAAUCUUGGAUCUGGAA